AUGACAUUUGGAAAAACAUUGAUGAACACACUUCUCUUAGAUAGCACCAUUCGGCAGUUGUUCAACGGAAUCCGGGUAACAGGUGUUCGGUGUGGCAGUGUUGUUGUCUCGUUUGACUUGGAUUUGAUAAACACAGAGAUUGUCAGUUCUAGUUUUGGAAUUCCAAUAUACAAUCCAAACACACGUGUGUGGUCAGUAACCAUGGACAUACUGCACACCACCCUGAUGGGGCUUUUCAAUAGAUCCAGCAUAAAUGCAGACCCAACCUCACUGAGUCUAAAAGAGUGCCCACCCCUGACCUGUGAAUGUCUUACCUCACAAUACGGAAUUGACAGGAUUGGCUGCAGAACAUGUCCAUGUGUGAAUGCUUGUGAGAAUUUUAACUGUGAACAAGGGUACCAUUGUGAGGUGGGUUCAACUGGAGAAGCAGUAUGUGCACCUGAUGGUCUGCAGUGUUUGGAGGGUGCGAUAAAGUGUAUUGAGAAAGGUGGGACCAAAGAGAUUUGCGUUCUUAGGGAAUUCAUUUGCGAUGAGGAUGAUGAUUGUGAGGAUGGACGUGAUGAGGCCAACUGUACAGUUACAAAUGUUUGCCCUGGGGGAAGUAGGAGGUGUGUCGAUGGAGAGAAGUGUGUUCUGACAAACCGAUGGUGUGAUGGCAGUGUGGACUGUGGAGAUGGCAGUGAUGAGCAAGGAUGUCCUUCAACAACAAAGUCACCAUCACCACCGACAACCAAGUCACCAUCACCACCGACAUCAACAAAGUCAACAUCACCACCGACAACCAAGUCACCAUCACCACCAACAACAAAGUCACCAACACCGUCAACAACAAGAAAAGAAACAACAACAGCAGCAAGGACGUGUCCGCCUCUGUCCUGUCUUUGUCCUAUCUCAGGCCACAGGACUGACAGCAAUGGCUGCAGAAUAUGUCCAUGUGUGAAUGCUUGUGAGAAUGUUGAGUGUGCCAAAGAUUACCAUUGUGAGGUCCGUGUGGGGUCUGGAGAAGCAGUAUGUACGCCUGAUGGUCUGCAGUGUUUGGAGGGUGCGAUAAAGUGUAUUGAGAAAGGUGGGACCAAAGAAAUUUGCGUUCUUAGGGAAUUCAUUUGCGAUGAGGAUGAUGAUUGUGAGGAUGGACGUGAUGAGGCCAACUGUACAGUUACAAAUGUUUGCCCUGGGGGAAGUAGGAGGUGUGUGGAUGGAGAGAAGUGUGUUCUGACAAACCGAUGGUGUGAUGGCAGUGUGGACUGUGGAGAUGGCAGUGAUGAGCAAGGAUGUCCUUCAACAACAAAAUCACCAUCACCACCGACAACAACAAAGUCACCAUCACCACCGACAACAACAAAGUCACAAUCACCACCGACAACAACAAAGUCAUCAUCACCACCAACAUCAACAAAGUCACCAUCACCACCGACAACAAAGUCACCAUCACCACCGACAUCAACAAAGUCACCAUCACCACCAACAACAACAAAGUCAUCAUCACCACUAACAUCAACAAAGUCACCAACACCAUCAACAACAAGAAAAGAAACAACAACAGCAGAGACACCAGUCGUUGUUCAGGGUGUAGUGGUCCUAAACGAAACUUGGUCAGAUGAUCUUUACAACACUUCCUCACCCGAAUACCAACAACUAGAGGUCAUGAUUAUAUCGCAGUUUAGGGAUGCCCUUCUGAGCAGUGAUCUGGGGCCUUUUCUGAAAGGUAUCCGUGUGACUGGGAUGAGCCCUGGCAGUAUUAUAAUUAAUGUGGAGUUCCUGUUUGGGCCAGGGGUAGCCAUCAUAGAAGAAGGCGAUACACCCCCAGAAAAUGCAACAACGGUGGUCACGGUUACGCAGAUUAAAGACAUUUUGCGACAGAAACAAGCAGAGGGAUCUUUCCCCAGCAAUAUUGACGUAGAUGCUAUCAACUUUGUCAUGGACGAUGAGCCUAGGACAACAACGACGACUGUUCGUACCACAACCACAGCCCCAGCCUGCCCUUCAGUCUCAGGCUGCCAGCUGUCGUGUCCAUAUGGCCUGAAGAAGAAUGCAGAUGAGUGUCAAAUCUGUGAAUGUUGGCAGCCUUGUCAGUGUGAUACUAACAAGGUGUGUGUAGUGAACUAUAGCAACAUGACAGCCAGGUGUCAAACAGAGAAAGCUGGUUAUUGCCCGUCGAGUAAGUCUAUCGGGGGUACUUGUAAUCGUGAAUGUCGCUAUGAUGCCUCCUGUUCAGGCCAGCAGAAGUGUUGUUCUGGCAACUGUGGUACAGUCUGCAUUGAGCCCUUAGACUGGCCGGCCCGUAAUCUGACUGACUGCGAGAUGAGAUUAAGUGAAACAGCAGACCGUCUGGCCAGGAUGCCGGCUGCCCCUCUCUCUGUACCCAGGUGUGACCUGAAGUCCGGGAACUGGUCUGAGAUUCAGUGUCAUGAUUCUCUGGGCAUGUGCUUCUGUGUGGACUCUAAGGGCAUGAAACUGAAGGGAUCGGACAUUAGGGGCACCCCUGACUGCUCAACUGCUCCUGACCCCAAUGCACAAGUUCGGGUUUGUCCAGCUGGGGUGAGCAUCCAUCAGUGUGACCCAGGCUUGUGUCUGCGUACCCUGUGCCCUUCCCAUCCCCAGGCCGUGUGCCGCAUCAACCCAUGCGGAGGCUGCUCUGCUCAAUUCUUUGAUGCUAACAACAAUGUUGUCAGCUGUGAUGAUACAGGCUUGUCAGCAUGUGAGAGGAAGAGGAAGCAACUUCUGGAGGCUUUGCACCCCUCAGACUGGAGUAACUCUGUCAGGGAGAUCCAACACAGGAUUCGCCGUCACCUCCUCCACCAGAGUCCCUUCAGUCUCCUGCCCAGUGAAAGCUUCAUGGUCUCCAAAAUGGUUGGUGACUACCCUGUAGACUUCUGUGGUUGGCCCUUCAUGAAGGGUGCCUCAGGUAACAGAAGAUGGUAUUUCAAUAAGGCCCUGGAUGUUUGUACUGAGGAUGUCUGGAAUGGCAGGAACAACCUGAACGUGUUCACGUCUGCGGCAGAAUGCACAAGGCAGUGCAUGGAGUCUUCCAUUGCUUCACCAUCUUUCAGAGGCAGUGCCAUUCCGGACUGCAUGAAUGAUGCUACAUUCAACUUCAAGCAGUGUCAUGCUGGCUCCUGCUGGUGUGUUAAUAGCCAGGGUGCUGCAGUACCAGGAACACUCACCAGGGGUGGUCUCACAUGUAAUGCUGCAGGUAAAACAAAAUGUAGCCUGUGGACAGAAGAUAUUUUUUUUUCACAAAAAAAAAAGUGGCAUACAAUACGACUUAAAUUUUUUUUUACCAUGUGA